AUGCCGGAUAGUAUUGAAGAAAAUAUACGACGGGUUUUAGGAGGAUUUAAAUUGGAUGAUGGAGAAGAAAUUUGUGAUUAUCCUCUGGGACAACAGAAUGAAAUUAUUGAAACAAAAGGAAUAAAACCAACAUCAACCUCCAACUAUCUUCCAAUAUGUCAAAAAACAGUCACCUACAUAGUAGCAGCCGUAAUAAUAAACGACAAAGACCAAGUACUAAUGAUUCAAGAAGCAAAGGCAUCUUGUGCCGGAAAAUGGUACUUACCUGCUGGAAGAGUCCAGCCGAAUGAGUCGCUGAUAGCAGCAGUGAAGCGGGAAGUACUGGAAGAAACCGGGUUGACGAUGGAGCCCAAAUCGUUGCUGAUGGUCGAGUGUGCCAGCGGUUCUUGGUUCAGGUUCGUCAUGCUCGGUGAUGUAACCGGCGGAGUGCUCAAGACACCCGACCAAGCUGACCAGGAGUCCUUGCAAGCUUCAUGGGUUAGCAAUGUUGAUGAUUUAUCGCUUAGGUCGACUGAUAUCUUGCCUCUGAUCCAGCGCGCGAGGGAUCACAAGAGUGGAGGCAAUCCACCUUGGCAUUUACCUCUGCUGCCGGUUGAAAAAUCUUGGAGCAAACUUUUCAUACGGCUUAUUGUCUGUAUAAAAAGAAAAGCUACCAACCGGAUGCAUGUUUUGAUAUCGGAAAAAAAUUAUUUACAUUUACCAAUUUGUGAAAUUAAUCCCAGUAAGAAUUUACACUCAACUUUACAUAAAUUUAUGGUGGAAAUUUUUGGAGACAAUGUAGCUCAACACAGACCUCACGGAUUAUUAUCAGUAGAAUACAGCGGAGAACAACCAGGCGACGGUGUUUGCUUUACAAUACUAGUAUCAUUCCGUCCAGCUCUUGAAGAAGUUCCUAUCAUGGGAAAGUACGUCUGGCAUGAAGUCAGCAAGAAUAUUGCUGAAUUAAUUGCUACGAGGUUACCUCGGAAUAUGGCUAUACCAUUGAAUGUUGUUCGCUGA